GUGAUGCCCUCCCAUGACGCCCAGGUCAGGAGUUGACGUAGCCUGUGAGCGGGAGACGCCACGGCACCACCGGUAUUGGGCCAGCGCCAUCAGCUGGUCUUCGCCCUUGCCCUGCUCUUCCCCCUCUCGCGCUGGAGAUCCCCCCGCUGCCUUGUCUCUCCUGCUUCCGUCCACAUCCACCGCAGUUGCCCCCGAUCCUUUGCAGUAAGCCCCGCCUCCUCAAAAGGGAAAGGCAGACGCACUCAGCCAACACCAGCAUCCGCCACCAAGCAUCACAACUUUGCCAAGUUUAACCAGCAGCUCCACCAGCAGCAGCAACCGUCAUGUCCAGUCGUAGGAAGUCCUCCACCCCUUGUAUGGUCCGUGUUAUCAGCGAGCCAGCAGAGCAGGAUGACCCCGAAGAGGUGAUGGACAUUGAAAUGACCCCAGACAAAGGCGUUGGGGAGGGAGGGUCAUCAGAACCAUGGGAACCUCCCGAGAAGAGCGAAGAUGCUCACCAGGAGAACCCAGAGAAUCCAGACCAGCAGGUGUUUCCCAGUCUUGAGGAAAACAGGAACCCAAAGCCUUUAGAACAAGAGCGUCCUUCAAGCAAAGCUGAUCAAGACGCCACUGUGGAAGAUGUAGAAGAUGGAGAGGUCAAGGAGAGGGAAGCUACAGACUCUGACGCAGCCUCUCAGAGAAGGGUUAGAGGUUACGAGUGCAAAUACUGCCCCUUCUCAACGAAGAACCUCAAUGACUUCAAAGAGCAUGUGGACUCUAACCACCCCAAUGUCAUUCUCAACCCACUAUAUCUGUGCGCCGUCUGCAACUUCAGCACCAAGAAGUUUGACUCCCUCACAGAGCACAAUGAGAGCCAGCACCCAGGAGAGACAAACUUUAAAUUUAAGAGGGUAAAAAUGAACAAUCAGACUAUCUUGGAACAGACAAUCGAAGGCAAGGACAACUCAGUUGAAUGUGACUUGACAAGCGAAAACAGUCAAAGCAACAACGGCACAGCAUUUCCACCUUGCAUAUCAACCACAGUGAAAAACCCAGAAAACAUUCAGUCGCUCUACCAGGGGAGCACCUUGAAAAGCCAGCUGGAUGGACUGCUCCAGAAGGACCAGAUCACAGCUGUUAACAUCAAUGGAACGGUUAUCAUCCCCGAACCGACCAUCCUUCAAGGGCUCUCUCAUGUCACACCGCUACUCCAGCGGCCACCCAACUUCAACUCCGUACCAAAAAUUGCUGUUCCCCUGAACACUACCAAAUACAACCCUUCCCUGGAUGACAACCUUACGCUGAUCACGUCUUUCAACAAGUUCCCUUACCCAACACAUGCCGAGCUCUCCUGGCUCACAGCCGCCUCCAAACACCCGGAGGAGCAGAUCAAAGUGUGGUUCACCACCCAGCGACUGAAACAGGGUAUCACCUGGUCUCCAGAAGAGGUAGAGGAAGCCAGAAAGAAAAUGUUCAACGGCUCUAUCCCACCCGCCCAUCACACUUUCACCGUCCUGCCCAACAGUACCGUCUCCCAGACGUCAGCCAAAGCCUCCCAUCAACCGGUCGUCCACACCACAGUAGAGCAUGCAGGUCCUUUCAGGGUGGGUGUCUCCAAUGGGUUAACAAUACUCACCACGACUGCCACCACAUCAUCCCCUGCCGGAGUUACUGUUGGCUCUGGCAGUGCUCAGAAGCGACCCCUGCCGACCCAUGUGACAACAGUGUUUGGUCCGGAAUCAAAGCGACCAAUCAUGGCUGUUGCCCCCCACUCUGGGGACCCAAGAGACAAGGGCCUCAUGGCCCCACCCCCGCCUCCCCCCCCAUUGAAAGACCGUGUCCCAAUGGAGAUGAAGAGACCUGUAGCAAUUCCUCUGGUUGCCACGGAGAUGAAGAGGCCACCUGCUGCAGUGCCUUUAAUACUACCGCCGUCAUCAACUUUAGCGUCCAAAGGGAAGCAACUCCCCGCAGCAAACCCAUCAUCAGGAAACCCCAAAACAAAACCGGUGGUCUCUUUUCCCUCCAUCGUCUUUCCAGAGUCCUUAACCCGGCCUUAUAUUGCACCUCCCCCUAUUAUCGCCCCCCCAUAUAAGAAUUAUCUGAUUCCUCAUCCUUCUUCCAUCAACUCCAAAGAAAAGCACCCUAUCACCCAUGCCCUAUUAGGACCAGAUUUAAAACUACCCAACUCACCUCCUCAUGUUGUCCCGCAGAUCAGGAGACCAACCAUCAUCCAGUCCAUCCGCGCCCCAGUUAAACCACCACCCCAGUUUCCAGGCUUUCUUUCCAAUGGACUGAAGUCCAAAGAACAAGGAGUGGAACUAAAAGCUAGCUUCCCCAGAGGGGACAAGUUACUCACCCCUCUGUCAGAGGCCAAUGGUGUGUCUCGUUGGGAUCAGACCUCCCACACACACAACAACGGUGUCAUACAGCCAGACGGUGGUGAGCCACAGGUUCCAUCAAAACCAGAGCAGAGGCAGAAGUCAUCAGUGCCGACCCAAUUCCCUUUGCUGGAGAGGAUGAAAGGGAAGACAGCGGAGCAGCUGAAAAUUCUGGAGGAAAACUUCCUGCGGAACAGCUUCCCCACACAUGCCGAUAUGGACAACUUGGUAGCUGCUACAUGCCUUUCUCGUCAGGAGAUUGAGAGCUGGUUUCUGGAUCGCCGUGCACUCCGUGACAACCUAGAGCAAGCCUUGCUCAACUCAAUGGGAACCAAGAGGAUGGGCUCUAGCUGUGCAAUAACCGAAAAACGACAUCAGCAGCACCAGACUACACAGCUGAACGGUAUUCACAAACAGAGCAGCGGUGGGGGCAGCCAUCUUAAAAGCCCUCCUCCAUCCCCAAUCCUGCCCAUCAUUUCUCCCACCCUUCUCAAACCUUCUAUUCCCAACCAAACUUCCUGCUCAGUGCCUGCAGACAGCCGAUCUCUGGUGCUCCUCAAGGACGAUUUUGCUCAAACCCGGUGGCCUUCCCAUGAGGAGCUCAGCCAGCUGGAAGUGCGGACAGGCCUGGCACGAGCCGACCUCAUCCGCUGGUUCAAUGACAGCCGUUUGGCACUCAAGAGCGGUAGCACCGAUUUGACAGAACUGUUUCACAAGACAAACAGCACCACCACCAGCAGCGGCACAGGGCUGAACAGCAGUCAGGGGACACCUGUGGGCUCCAAUGAAAAUGCCCUGAGCAUCAUCCAGCACUGCCAUGAAGGAGGCCUGACAAACAGCAGCAGCAGUAAAAUGUUGGAGGGCGACCUGAACCGGCUAGCGGAACAGCGUGCUAACAGCUUCAGCAAUCAACAGCACCAGGAGCUCCAAGACUGGUUUAGUGGCAGGCUGAGGCAGCAGAGCAUGGUGGAGAUGAAGAAUGGGGGCCAGACAGGAGGACCGCAGGAGAUGUUUGGGAGCUGGCUAGAGGAGGGCCAUGCGAGGAGGGGAAGGGAGCUGCUCAUGGACAGGGAGAAGAAGAUAGUGGAGGACACUGCUGGGAGGCUGACUGGAUAAACGGUGCGAAAGUUGGAAGUUUUUCCCCCACCGCAGCUGGUGUCGGUAACAUCCGGAGUCCAGGAAGGACGACAGACACGGAAUGAAGCAAAACAGAAAGGAAGAAAACUUAUUAAGCGUUUUUUUUGUUUUGUUUGUUUUUUUAUAAAUCUCUUGAUUGUCGCAUCCCAGCUCACGCACCUUCUCCUCAAUCAUUUCGGAGGUAAUCUUGUCAAACACUUUUUUUUAAUCAUUCAUUUUUUUAUUUCUGUGACAGAAAGCCCCCCCCCCCAGAAAUGACCCGGUGGUCUCUUCAUCAGAUGUGACGCUUUUUAAGAAACGGAUGAAGUUCUUCAUGUCGACUGUUUUUGAUUUAUUUGUUUUCAACGAGGAACAAACGCGCUCCCACCGUGAAAAUGUUGCGCAGGGCAGAAACACCCGCCGCUGGUUUGAAUCUUAAAUUAACUUUACUUCAGGACGUUUUAGCUAAUUUAUGCAGACGCGAGACACCCAGAAGGCCAUCAGAGAUGUUGAUAAGGGAUCAAAACAUUCAUCAUUUAAACUGACCCCAUCAGUCAAAAACGUUUUAUCUACCAAACACUUAAGUUUAUGCAGUCCUUAAAAAAUGUUUUGUAGUUUGCUUUGAUAUUGUGCAACAAAUUUUUUACAAAAGUAAAUUGCUUUUUUUUUUUUGGGAAAAGUGGCAAUCUCAUUUUGGGAGUCUUCAUAUGCAUAAAGUCAAAAGCCAUA